UUCAGUAGGGGACAUGGCCGUCUCUAAGCGACUUCUUCAGUCACUGAAUUUUGGUCUUCUUAGCUUUAUUCAUAUCAUUGUCAGAAAUGUUUACUUGAGUCAUUCUUCUCCAGACGACAGCAAUGAUGACACAGGAUGAUAUUGCUUUCAAUCUUACCUUCAUUGCUUCUUCCAAACAAAAACUCUUCUCAAACACUGUUGUAUUCCAAGCGUUCGGUGGGGGACAUGGCCGUCUCUAACCGACUUCCUCAGUCACUGAAUUUAGAUUUUCUUAGCUUUGUUCAUUUUUUAGAAAUGAUUACUGGUGUCAUUCUUCCCCCGACGAGAGCAAUAACCAGAAUGAUAUUGCUUUAAAUCUUACCCUCAUUGCUUCUUCCAAGCAAACUCUUCUUCUCAAUCAUUGUAUUCCAAGCAUUCGGUGGGGGACAUGACCGUCUCUAACCAACUUCCUGUUCCUCAGUCACUUAAUUUAGGUCUUCUUGGCUUCAUUAAUUUUCAGAAAUGUUUAUUUGAGUCACUCUUCCCCUGAUGACAGCAAUGACCAGGAUAUCGUUUAUCUUACCUUCAUUGUUUCUUCCAUUCCAAAUCAAAACUCUUCUUCUCAAUCAUUUUUGCAUGUCAAUAGUUCGGUGGGGGACAUGAUCGUCUCUAACCGACUUCCUGUUCCUCAGUCAUUGACGUUGUACUUCAAUCAUUUGGUGCGGUACAUGGCCCCAUCUCUCAUCAACCUUCUGAUUCAAGUUAGCAAGGGAGCGCACUUCAGCAAGAAACCCAAUUCCUACAAAGUGGAACAAUAAUGCAUACCAUUUGCAUUGAAUAAAAUGAAUCGGAUUUUUGUGAUGGACUCCCGGGGAUUGAAGUUGCGGCAUCAACGGCCAAUAUAUGCAAAUGAACAAUGGAUUGUCAAGCCGGGAGGGACCAUCCAAGCACUGCAAUCGAAAGCAGAGGAUGCAGUAGAAAAGCUUCAACAACUUGGAGUGGCUGAUUCCCAAAUUCAAAUCAUCCUUGGGGCAGGAAUUUGCAACCUGACAGAGAAAAAGAGGAGCAAUUCAGGAGUUGAAGUCAAUUACAAUGCCAAUGGCAAUGCACACAAAACAAUAGAAGCAAUUAAUCACUUUAAGGAUCAAUUUGAACUCCUUGGUAUCAGAGUUCUGGUGAUCCCUAUACCACCUGUCUCAAUAAUCAAGUACAAUGAUUAUCUAAUAAAACAUGGAAAGUUACAUAUUCCUGAAAUUUCACAGGCAGCGCUGAUAUUACAGCAACGUGGACUUGAAAAUGAUAUAGAAGAAAUCAAUAGUCAUAUCUGGAGCGUCAACUGGUUAGCAGGAUUAAAGACUCCAAGAUGGGAGAGGGACCUCCUGAAGUUUCAGGUAAAAAGAGGAAAGAGGUACAAGAAACAUACCUACCAUGAGUUGUACGAUGGCGUACACCCGACGAACGCCCCAGCCGGAAAAUGGCUCAAAUACCUGAUUAGAGCCAUCGAAGAUCAAGGAAUUGCCAAUGCCCCAAUCAACGUUCAGGAGGAAGAUGAUGAUGAUGAUGAUAAUGAUGAUGUUGGUCUAAUUGACUGUGGGCCAGUCAACUGCUUCUCAAUAGAAGACCAUUCCUACCGGUACAACUGAAGAUGCAAAUGAACAGGAGAUGGGAUUCCUGCUUGACCUCGAUCCUGGAACGGAGAAUGUCGACAGUGAAUGUGAGGAAGAAAAUCACUGGGAUUUCAAGCGGAAGAAGGGAAACGACAGUGCCACUGGUAAUCAGCGUGUGGUGCUUCAGAAAAAAGAGUUGUAACUUUUUCAUGUAAAUUCUGUUAAUACACUGGAAAAUGAUUAAAACUAUAAAGUAUAAAUUCAUUGAUAGACCAUGGACGUUGAUUGAUUUUAGAAAUUCAUCUCUUCACUGUUUGGCAAAGUUCUGUUAUUAUUUUAGAUUGGACUGUAAAUAUGUAACCCGAAACAGGAGUUGUAUGUAUUUGAUGGCCGUGAUUAAUCUUGGUACACUACCUCUUCACUGCCGGUCGACUGGAUUUCUUACGAAUUCAUUCUUGUAAAUAACUGCUGAUGGCUAUUGAUGGAUCUGGUAAAAUGUAACUUGAGUUGUAAAUAGUUGAUGGCCGUUGACAUGGGCUAGCUGCUGAUUAAUCUUGAACAUUUAACCUCUUUACUGCCGAUCGACUGGAUUUAAAUAAAACAUCAUUAAUUCAUACUUGUAAAUAACUGCUUGUUGAUGAUGGAUCUGGAUAGUUUCACCUCUUCACUCGCACCAAUGGACAAGCUGAGCUUAGAGUAAGAAGAGCAGAGAGACAGACUACAGAGCAUGCAGGUAAUUAAUAUCUCAGGAAAGGGGUCGGCUAAGAUCUUUUUGAAUUCAAAUCCUACACUUGGGUCUUGGGAUCAUCAUGCUUAUCUCCGCGGGCACAAGUAUCUA